CUGAACCUGGCACGAUUCUUGCCCGGUCCGGGUGACGGCCUGCUGGCCCCUCCGGCGGUUGAUGAUGUCAUGUGGCCCCUCUGCUUCAUCUCCGACAGGCUGUUCAGGGUGCCGGGAGACGACGCCGGCGACGGCGACGGCCCGGGCGCGCCGCCGCCCCCCGACGGCCGAAUCCCGCUAGCACGCCGAUCCUACUUCAUCGAUGUCCCUCACGUGCAGCAGGCCUUCACCUGGGACUGCGGCCUCGCUUGCGUGCUCAUGGUGCUCAGGACCCUGGGCCUUGAUUGCUGCCACGGCAUUGCCGAACUCGAGAAGCUCUGCCGCACCACAAGCGUCUGGACAGUCGACUUAGCAUAUCUGUUACACAAGUUUUCAGUUAAUUUUUCGUUCUUUACUGUGACUAUUGGAGCAAAUCCGCAGUAUUCUGCAGAAACCUUUUAUAGGGAGCAAUUGCAAGAAGACAUUGACAGAGUUGAUGAGCUGUUUGGCAAAGCACUUGAUGCUGGAAUCAGUAUUCAACGCAGAUCCAUCAGUGCGUAUGAUAUUGCUUUUCUAAUCUUAUCUGGGCACUGCAUUGCAAUUGCUCUAGUGGAUAAAUCAAAGUUAAAUUCCUCUUGGAUGAAUGAUGUGCAUGAUAUGCAACAGUUUGACGAGGAUUCAGAUUACAUGGGGCAUUAUGUUGUAAUAUGUGGCUAUGAUGCCGAUGCUUGCGAGUUUGAGAUAAGGGAUCCAGCCAGUUCUAGAAAGCGUGAAAUGGUGCCCAUGAAAAGUUUAGAUGAGGCCCGCAAAUCCUUUGGAACCGAUGAGGACAUUCUUUUGGUGUCCUUGACUGGAAAAAACGGGACGAAGUUGUCGCAUAAACUCCCGGUCGGCUCUCCAUAGACUGCUCACCACCCUCCAGUCUCUCCUUGUGUAUACUCUGUACAUGCCCCUCUAGUUAUGCUUACCACUUGUCGAGUCCGGUAUGUAGUUGGGGAACAUUCUUACAGCUGAUAGAAACAGUGUCUAGUGAAGAUAGAGGAACCCAGUAAGGUUUACGGGCUCAGGUCUCGCCCCACUGGAGCUUGUGCAACCGGCGCGGCGGCAGCAGCAACGCUGCUCGGCAUGAACUGCUUCUGUAAACAGGAACUGCCGCCGCCGCCUCCGCUUCGACCUCGAGCACAGGUUCCUUACCAUCUUGGCCAUCUUGGCCGGGCAGAGAUGUACAGUAGCAUAUGUACAGAUAUAUAUAUUCCCGAAUAAAAUGGUGGCCUCGUUGUGCCAUGUAUUGGUAUCA